UGUAUUAUAAUUGUAUUAUAAUUGUAUUAUAAUUGUAUUAUAAUUAAAUGUUGCAAAAUCCCCCCUCCCCCUUUGCCCCUUUGGGUAAUGGUUUCCGCGCAUCCGCUAACACCAACUCAAUUGAGUUGUACAGUAUAUAAAUAACUAACUGUGAAAUAAAAACAUAAACAUAAACUUAAACAUAAACAUAAAUAUAAUUAUUAGUAGAGAAUGUCAAUAAGUACUCGUGUAUCAUUACAAUGGGUUCCUGAAGAUCCACAAGAGUUAUCUCAUACUAUGGCUUUUACAUCUCCCCAACAACACUAUAUAGAUAUUCGAAUUUAUAAAGUUAAGUAUCCUUAUCUUAGUGGAGAUGAAGGCAAAGAACCAUUUGAUAAAGUAUUUCAAUGGUUAUUGGUUGGGGAUCGUGAAGUUAUUCCUAAUACUCUGAAAGUUAGUUUUAAAAAUUCUAUUGAUUCUCAAGCAGUAACUAGAUCAAUUAAUACUAAUACACCAUUAGUUAUUGGAACUGAUAUUGGAGAUUUUUCAGAAAUUGAUGGUAGUUCUGAUAGUAAAGAAGUGGGAUCGAUGAUUAAUCCAACUACCGGAAAAUUACAAGAAUAUGUAGAGAUUUGGAGAUUAUUAGAUCCUAUUAAGAAUAAUCCUAGUGAAGAAGUUAAACAAGAAAAUGUAAAUUUGCUUGUACCUGUAUUCACCUUAAAGAUUCAAGAAAUUGAAGGUCAAUCUAUUAUAGGAAAACUAGUACGAUUAGGUAAUUGGAUUCAAGGUAUUACAUUUAAUCUGUCUACUAAUACUUUUAAUGUUAUUCGAAGUUUCUAUAAUGGUUCUGAAUGGAAUAAUCAAAUUGAAUACGGAGAUAAAUCAAUAUUCCCGUUAACAUUUACUGGAACUUAUGGACAAAUCAUUAAAACUUCUGAUCCGGCAAUUGUCUGGGAAUGUAUAGAAGUAGAUAAUAUUUAA